AUGAUCACGGUGGAGGAGCUGGGGUCGGUGCUGUCGUCGCUGGGAUUGAAGGAAGGGAAGCGGAUGGAAGCCUGCAAGGAGAUGAUCCGGAGAGUCGAUGCCGACGGCGACGGGAUGGUGAAUUUCGAUGAGUUCAGGACGGCGAUUCCUUUGCUGUUGAUGGGAUGUGGAGGAGUCGGCCGCCAGCUCCUCCGCCACAUUGUCUCCUGCCGAUCCCUUCAUGCCAAACAGGAGAUUCACUUGAGAGUUGUGGGUAUCGCUGAUAGCAGAUCGUUAGUUGUUCCAUCGAAUGUGUCAACAGGAGAACUUAGUGAUGAAUUAUUGUCUGAGGUCUGCCGGCUCAAGUCCGACUCCGGUUUCUCCCUUUCAGACCUUCCGGGCGAAAGCCGUGCCUACCUGGGUGCUGAAUCGACAAGUAAAAUGAUGGAGAUUGCAGCUCUUCUGGGUAAAUCGACAGGUCUGGUGGUGGUAGAUUGCUCUGCCAGUUCGGAGACUGUAAACAUACUGACUCAAGUGGUUGAUCUAGGAUGUUGCAUUGUCCUAGCAAACAAGAAACCUCUUACGUCUUCACUGGAAUCUUAUGAUAAAUUGAUGUCAUUUCCUCGUCGUAUUCGCCAUGAAUCCACUGUUGGUGCUGGCCUUCCCGUCAUAGUAUCCUUGAACCGUGUAAUUUCAUCUGGAGACCCCGUGAAUCACAUAACUGGAAGUUUGAGUGGCACACUGGGAUACGUAAUGAGUGGGAUUGAAGAUGGAAAGCCACUAAGUGAAGUUGUUAAAGCAGCUAAGAGUCUAGGAUACACUGAACCAGAUCCACGUGAUGACCUCAGCGGGAUGGAUGUCGCCAGGAAGGUUGAGAGCCUUUACCCCCCUGAAAUGGGGCCUGAUGUGAUGUCUGUUGAGGAAUUCUUGAGCAAGGGCAUUGUUUUGCUUGAUAAAAGAAUUCAAGAAAGAGCUGCAAGUGCCUCCACUUUCGCAAUGGUGCUCCGCUAUGUUUGUGUGAUCAACCAAAAUAAGUGUAAAGUUGGGAUCCGAGAGGUUCCCAAGAGUUCUCCCUUGGGAAGAUUGAGAGGAAGUGACAAUCUGGUGGAGAUAUACACCCGGUGUUACAAUACAGAGCCGCUGGUCAUCCAAGGUGCUGGUGCGGGCAACGACACAACUGCAGCAGGUCAGCCUGUCCAUCCCGCCGCCGGGGACACCACCCCCUCGAGCUUCUUCGUUUCCGUUGCGAUUGUUGUAUUAAGGUCCCCAAACAGGAGUGUUUGGGUAAAAAGAAUGUCGUUGAGGAGAAUCAUCAAACACCUUCCGUUCACUGCAGCAUCCAGGUCGAGAUUCCUCCCUUCCCUCCGCUCUCUCUGCUCCCUCGCCACCACUCAACAAGACCCCAACUCUCUUCUCAAGGAAGACCCAGUUCAAAUCUGCAGCUCCCUCUGGGUCAAGUCCUUCUCGUCCCCGCCGGACGCCACGUUUCGCAACCUCACCGGCUUCCUCUCAAAGCUCGACCUGUGGGUUCUCGCUUAUCAGCGCUCCUGCGCCCAUGUGACCGGCACUUUCCCUCCUCGCAACGCCAUCCACUCCUACACCCUCCAUUCCUUACUGUCCCUACGGGAUGCUGUGGUUCACAGCCGCUUCAAAUGGAGCGACAAGGCGCACCAGAUCAUCCGCAGCCCCAACGAGAAGCCGCACACCAAGCUCAUCUCCAAUAGGAAGCUCAAAGCGAUGCUUGAUUCCCCUGGUCCUUGUUUCCAGGACAGGGUGGUCCAGGAGGUGCUGCUCAUGGUGCUGGAGCCUUUCUUCGAAGCUCGAUUUUCGACCAAGUCGCAUGCUUUUCGUCCGGGAAGGAACGCCCAUACGGCAAUCAGGACCAUCAGAAGCAAUUUCGCUGGUUAUCUAUGGUUCUUAAAAGGUGAUGUGAGUGAAAUUUUCUCUCAAGUUGAUCCUAGUGUUGUGAUGGAAUCGGUGGCAAAGGUUAUCAAGGACAGGAAAGUAUUGAAUUUGGUAAGAAACGGGCUGAGAUCACCGUUUGUGAGCCAGCAUUCUCGAAACAGUGGCAACGAAGACCCUAAAAGGAAGAAAAAGAAGGAAACGAAGAAGAAAAUCUUGAGGGAAGGUGAGCCUAAACCUGAUCCCUACUGGUUGAGAACGUUCUACAAUUUCGCUCCCGAGGAAGCAGCUAAGGUACCUAACUAUGGUGCCUGUGGGAUUCUGAGUCCAUUGCUUGCAAAUGUGUGUCUUAAUGAGCUUGAUCAAACCAUGGAAGAGAUGAUAGUUGCUUUCUUUAAGCCCAACAAGCUCGACUCCAUCUGGAAAGAUUCGAUCGAUGAUGGCUGCCACAACCCCUCAUGGCCAGAGUUUGUACCUUCCAGUGGCAGAGAAAAGACUAGGAAGAUGGAUUACAUUCGGUAUGGUGGUCAUUUCUUGAUCGGCAUUCGAGGGCCAAGAGAAGAAGCAGUGCGGAUUAGAAAGCAGCUUAUUGACUUCUGUGAUACUAAGUAUGGGAUAAGGUUAGAUAACUCCAAAGUUGAGAUUCAGCACAUCAGCAGAGGAAUCCAGUUCCUCGAUCAUAUAAUCUGCCGUAGAGUGAUAUACCCUACGCUUCGUUACACUGCAAGUGGAGGACAAAUUGUGAGUUCAAAGGGUGUGGGAACUUUGCUAUCAGUUACAGCUAGUUUGCAGCAAUGCAUUCGCCAAUUCAGGCGGCUUUCCUUUGUUAAAGGUGAUAAGGACCCUGAGCCUUUGCCUUGUACGGCUAUGCUGUACUCGGGUCAGGCUCAUACUAAUGCUCAGAUGAAUAAGUUUCUUGAGACCAUGGCUGACUGGUAUAGGUAUGCUGAUAACAGGAAGAAGGUUGUUGGGUUUUGUGCAUAUGUGAUACGCAGCUCUUUGGCUAAACUUUAUGCUGCUAGGUAUAGGCUGAAAUCACGAGCUAAGGUAUACAAGAUUGCUUCGAGGAAUCUUAGCAAGCCAUUGAGGGAGUUUAGUAAUAAUUCAGCUCCCGAGUAUUCUGAUCUUCUGAGGAUGGGACUUGUUGAUGUAAUUCAAGGUGUUCAGUUCUCGCAUAUGUCUCUGAUCCCGUUCUGUGAUUAUACUCCAUUCCCCAGGAACUGGAUUCCUGAUCAUGAACAGAUUUUGAGGGAGUAUAUCAAACACUUGGGAUAUGGAGGCACCAGUCGUCCGGUGAAAAACAAGAGAGGACUGAUACUGUCCAAGAAUCAGAUGAAUAAGUUUCUUGAGACCAUGGCUGACUGGUAUCGGUAUGCUGAUAAUAGGAAGAAGGUUGUUGGGUUUUGUGCAUAUGUGAUACGCAGCUCUUUGACUAAACUUUAUGCUGCUAGGUAUAGGCUGAAAUCACGAGCUAAGGUAUACAAGAUUGCUUCGAGGAAUCUUAGCAAGCCAUUGAGGGAGUUUAGUAAUAAUUCAGCUCCCGAGUAUUCUGAUCUACUGAGGAUGGGACUGGUUGAUGUUAUUCAAGGUGUUCAGUUCUCGCAUAUGUCUCUGAUCCCGUUCUGUGAUUAUACUCCAUUUCCCAGGAACUGGAUUCCUGAUCAUGAACAGAUUUUGAGGGAGUAUAUCAAGUUGGAAGAUCCAGAGUUCUUUUGUGAUUUGCAUUUGUCAAUAAAACGUUAG